GUGGCUAUCUUGGUGGGAUUACUGGUGCAGUUUAGAGAAUACAGACAGGGUAUCCAUCAACAUGACACUCAGAAGCCUGCACAGAACAACAUAAGACCAAAAUAAAUGGCAGAAAAUGGUAGACACCAUAUGCUCCGGCGUUGCGGGAGGCUAAAGAAGGUGAGACAGAUCCGCUACUUGCAUAAAACAGCUGUGCGCAGUGGAGGUGGAGGAGCCUUGUUUCUGCACAGAGAUACUCCUGAAAAUAACCCAGAUACUCCAUUUGAUUUCACACCUGAAAACUAUAAGAGAAUAGAAGCAAUAGUAAACAACUACCCAGAGGGACAUAGAUCAGCUGGUGUGAUUCCAGUACUAGAUCUGGCCCAGAGACAGAAUGGAUGGUUGCCCAUAUCAGCAAUGAACAAGGUUGCUGAAGUUUUACAGAUGCCUCCCAUGAGAGUAUAUGAAGUAGCAACUUUCUAUACAAUGUAUAAUCGGAAGCCAGUUGGAAAAUAUCAUAUUCAGAUCUGCACAACUACACCUUGCAUGCUGAGAGACUCUGAUGGCAUACUGGAGGCCAUUCAGAAGAAGCUUGGUAUACAAGUUGGGGAAACGACACCUGAUAAACUUUUCACACUGGUAGAAGUUGAAUGUUUAGGCGCUUGCGUAAAUGCACCGAUGGUACAAAUAAAUGAUAAUUAUUAUGAAGAUCUGACACCAAAAGAUAUGGAAGACAUAAUUGAUGAACUAAAGGCUGGCAGAGUUCCCAAACCUGGCCCAAGAAGUGGACGCUUUUCUUGUGAGCCAGCUGGUGGUCUUACUUCUCUGACUGAACCACCCAAAGGACCUGGAUUUGGAGUUCGAGCAGACCUCUAAGCAUUUAUGUAAUAAAUUAUAAAAACAUAAGUUGUCUGAAAAUAAAACACCUUUAACCUCAUUAAAA